CUACUUAAGGUGGACCCUCACUAGAUUGGAUGUGUGGUUGGCGCGAACCCAAACGAACGAAACUGCCGUGGACCAAUUUGAACUGCCAACACUCACAGACUCAUCUCCUUCCUCCACAAAGUGACUGCUCAGCUUUAAACCCAGAAACCAUAACCAUGGAAGCUUCGUUAUCUUCUUCACAUGUUCUUGCCUUUUCCAGCUCCAACAUCUGCUCAAGAAGUUCAGUAUCAGUGCCCUCUAAAUCUGCUGUCAGUUUCAUUAGCAGAAGCAACCUUUUGCGUAAAUCUCGCCGGCAAACAGCAAGAGUUUCAGUGGUCAACGAUGUCUCUGCUGUGGCAGACCCGGCUCAGGUGGAGGUCACCUGGCAGAUUGUCGUUGGAGCCUUAGCUGGAGUGACUCCUUUUAUUGUGGCAGGGAUCGAGUUCAGCAAAAGAAUUGUUGCCCAGAAGAGAUGUGGGGUAUGUGGAGGAUCAGGGCUUGUUCUGAGGGACAAAUACUACUUCCGGUGCCCUGGCUGUGGUGGAUUUCUCCCAUGGCAAUCAUGGAAGAGAUUUUUUUCUGGUUAAUUUCUCUGGUUUUCAACCAUAGAAGGUUGAGUUAAGUAUACAAGUUUGGAAACCGAAAAAUGCAGGGAUGGUGAUGCUUUUAUAGUCCCUUGACUCCCAAGUUGCUGGAUAGACCGGAAGAGGAGAAUGCAGUGGACAGUUAAUUUCAUUGAUGUAUAUGCAAGGAACCUUACAUGAUAACAAGAAUACUCAUUGAUGAGCAUGUCUACCUAAUAUUUUCUCUA